GGUGGAGGAGACCAGUUACCUCCAGAGCACACUGUCAGGCAGAAUGAAACCUCCAAGAUCAGGGCUAUAAAAGCUGGAACUCUGGAGAAACUGGUGGAGAACCUUCUCACAGCUUUUGGUGAUGGGGAUUUUACCUACAUCAGCAUCUUCCUGGCAACAUACAGAGCCUUUGCUUCCCCCAAGGCAGUGCUGGAGCUUCUCCUUGACAGGUUUGGAAACCUGGGGACCUCAAGCCAUGGAGAAGCAGCAAACCUGAAUUCCCUGGAGUUACUCAGGACUGAAAUAACAUCAGUCUUACGGGCUUGGCUCGAGCAGUGCCCCGAGGAUUUCAGAGAGCCACCUGACUACACAUGUUUGCUGAAGCUGCUGGACUACCUGAAGAACAACAUGCCUUGUUCUGACAUGGAGAGUAAGGCCCAGAACCUCCUGAAGCAAUUCCAGAGCCAAGAAGUGGAAACUGUUGAUGAGUUCUGUAGCACUUCCUCCAGUGACCUAAUUGAUGGAGAGGAUCUGGAGAUCAGCAAUCCAGAGGAAUUCUCCUCUUUCCCAGACCACGUCGUGGCAGAACAGUUGACAUAUAUGGAUGUGAUGCUCUUCAAGAAAGUUGUGCCUCACCACUGUUUGGGCUCCAUCUGGUCCCAGAGGGAUAAGAAGGAGAACAAGCACUUGGCUCCUACGGUCAGAGCCACCAUCACCCAGUUCAACGCAGUGACCAAGUGUGUGGUCAGCACCAUCCUGGCCACCAAGGGGCUCAAAAUCCAGCAGAGAGCCAAGAUCAUUGAGAAGUGGAUUCAUAUUGCACUUGAAUGUAGGAUCCUGAAGAACUUUUCUUCCUUGAGGGCCAUCAUCUCAGCACUGCAGUCCAACUCCAUCUAUCGGCUGAAGACGACCUGGAUGUGUGUUUCAAAGGACAUCCUGCUGAUGUAUGAAGAGCUGUCUGAGAUCUUCUCAGAUCAUGACAAUUACCUGACAAGCAGAGAGCUGCUGAUGAAGGAAGCAACAUCCAAAUUUGCCAAUCUGGACAGCAGUGAGAAGGAAAAUCUGAAAAGGUCCCAGAAGCGACUGCAACUCCAAAAAAACAAGGGAGUGAUGCAAGGCACAGUCCCCUACCUUGGCACCUUCCUGACUGAUCUCAUCAUGCUUGACACAGCCCUGCAGGACUAUGUGGAGGGUGACCUGAUCAAUUUUGAGAAGAGACGAAGGGAAUUUGAAGUCAUUGUCCAAAUUAAGCUCUUGCAAUCUUCAUGCAACAGCUAUUUCUUGAUAGCAGACCAAAAGUUCAUCCAGUGGUUCAGGAGCCAGCGGCACCUGAGUGAGGAGGAGAG